UUCGAAGCUCUUGCUUUAGAUAGGCUCGUGGGUCCUUACCAAGCCCAAAUCACACUGCCAGUGGACUCGAGGUUCACAUGUCAGGAUGCGCCAUCCAUGGACCGAGCCGUCAACUCCUGCAAGCCCUUAUCAUUUGCUUCCUUUUUGCGGACACUGCCAGAGCAAAACGGUUUGCAAUUGUUUCAGUGAUUACUGGGCCUGUGCCAAAGGCGUACUAUGCCCAAGCAGUGACGAAUCGGGCAUUGUAUGCAACAAGACAUAGCUAUACGCUUCGAAUUUUUCCUACAAUUGAUGAGAGGCGCCCAACAGCAUGGUCCAAGGUUUUGGCAAUGAAAAGCACGAUCAGAUCUGCGCAGUAUGAUUGGAUUCUAUGGAUGGACGCUGAUGCUCUCAUUACCAAUUUUGAGAUCAGCUUGGAUGAAUUUGUGCCAUAUGGGGACGAGAUUGACAUGCUGGUCGCGACAGAUUGCAAUGGACUCAACACAGGGGUUUUCCUAUUGAGAUCUUCCCCAUCUGCGCUUGAACUCUUAGAAGAAGCAUAUAAUGGUGUUCAUGUGAGCAACAAUACCAUUGAUCAUGUUUGGUGGGAGCAGAUGAGUUUUGUACAGAUGUAUGCUGCUUCGGAAGAUGUCCGCAAGCGUACCUAUGUGCUUCCUCAGAAAAGCUUCAAUUCCUAUCCAACUCAGCAUGACUGUUCUGGAAAGUCUCAUAGCUGGUCAGAAGGUGACUUUAUAGUCCACUUCCCAGGGCACUCGGAUGAGGACAGAAUGGCUUAUUUUGAGGAAUACUUGCACAAAGUGUUACAACAUGGUUGGACUACUUGUACACUUGUGACAUGCCUGGUUGUACAAUGUGAUUCUGUGUGGGGCUGACUGUUGAGACAAGGGAAAGCCGCAAUUGUUGCAGGUUAUGAUUGGGACUUUUAGACGGUAUAAUUUGUAGUUGGAUUGCUUACAUUGGAUUUGUUUUCAGAAUGAACUGCCAAUUGGCUUGCAAGAGCUUGAGUAUGGACUUGCAAGAGCUUGGGUACAAAGAAGGGUUUGAGCAAUGCAGCAGUACGAUUUUCCUUUCUAGUGCUAGUAAAUCACAUGAUGCAACACAUGGGUCUGCAUAGGUUAUAAAUUCUGCCUCCUACAGCAAAUGUAACCAUGAAGGGCCCGGAU